AGAAGUGUGAGAAGAUAAAUUGUGUGCUGAGCCAUCAACAGUAUUUGCUGAAAGUGAUUUUGGGGUGAAAUUCUACUGGCAAGCUUUGCAUCAAUUUGAUCUCACAAUUGUGGAGCAUUUUUAAUUGUCUUUCGACGUUAAGUGUGUAAAUUGUGUAUUUCCGGACUCUAGAAAGAAAACUCACUCUUGGAUAUAUCAGUGAGUUGUUGAGGACUGAAGACAGUGGAGAAUGUAAAGCAAAUCACAUUCUCCUACAGAGGCAAAUAGUGCAGACUCAAGAGACUCGAAGUGAAAAGCUGGUGAAGAGAUAGACUCGAGGGAUUCUUAGUGUGUCUAAGAGAUAGAAUUUAUCUGUGUUUUUUAUCCACCAUCUAUAUACAGCCCAACUGAGAAGAUGUGGUGUGUUAAAUUAUUCACCUUUGCUCUCAUUCUGCAAGGUUGUGUCACAGACUCCAAUUCCAAGUAUGGCACAAAUUAUGGCUCCGGCCAGAGUGCCAAUACUGGAAACCACCACGGUUCAAGCCAUACCACCGCUCAUGGAACCACAUACGGAUCCUACCACGGAUCCUAUCACAAUUCCAACCAAGACUACGACGAUGAACCUGCGUACAUUCCCAACUUCGUGACGAUCGGCCAGAAGUACAGCAUCGCUGUGGGAACGACAGUUGUGCUGCCCUGCAAACUCAAUCUGACGUACUUCAACGAUGAAUUCCCUCUGGCGUGGAAGAAGGACGACAUCGUUAUAUCAGCUGGAACCAUGAAGGCUAUCUUGAAUUCGCGCAUAACAUUAAUCCCAUCGGAGAAAGUUGAGGGAACUGAUAAAGUUGUAGACAGCUACAAUUUAGAGAUUCGCGAUGUGAAAAUUAAGGACACUGGCAACUAUAUUUGUCAACUUGGCACCCAGAAACGCCGCGAGAUUGUUCACAAUCUUGUUGUGCUCGUUCCACCUACGAUCAUAGAUGUAAUUCCAGGGAAAACUCUGGAGGCGCACAAGGGUGAAAAAGUGCAGCUUGAGUGUCGUAGCAGUGGACAUCCAACACCAACAGUUACAUGGACGCGUCAGAAUAAUAUUAUGCCCAAUGGCCUGACGUUCAAUAAGGAGGGCCUCCUAGUGAUUCCCAGUGCCGACAAGAGCAUCGUCGGCCUCUACAGGUGCACGGCGGACAACAAAGUUGGUCAGCCUGCCUAUCGUGAAAUUAACGUCAACGUGAUUUAUCCGCCGGAGAUCGAGGUGGAGCGCAAGGUGAUUCACACCGGCGUGGGUUUUGAGGUGCAGCUCGUGUGUAUGAUAUAUGCAUCACCGGAGGCGUCAAUUCUCUGGUUCCACGAGACAGAACAAUUGGCCACAACGGAGCGCCACACGCAGAAGAACCACGGCAGUCGCUAUGUGCUAAACAUCCGAAAUCUCACCUUCUAUGACUUGGGCAAUUACACCUGCCAAGCCGCCAACAAGCUGGGCAAGGAGCGCAGGAGCAUGAUACUUACUGGAACACCGGCAGUGUCUGUGUUUGAUUCGCCAACUCUGGGAAAUGGUAAAGACGUGUACAACAUUUCAUGGGCUACAGUCAGUUUCUCCAUCAUUCAAGAGUAUCGCCUGUUCUAUCGCUUGCAAUACACUACACGAACCACCGAAGACGAGAAGGAUGAACUGCAGAAUCCUUACCAGCACCACUCGCGGCCGAAGUCGGCGCACUAUGUGCGGCAACAGCACAGGAGUCGCUCGGAUCACUGGGAGAACGUGGUGAUGGUCGAGAGGGGCCACGACCGGAACAAUCCAUCCAACCACCACGGUGGCCACCAUCACUUCGUGAGCGGCGAGCUCAAUCCGCGCCACCACAUGUCGUUCACGCUGCGCAACCUCACGCCCGCGUCCAACUAUGAGGCGAAGGUGCAGGCCAGGAACGAGUUCGGCUGGAACGAAGUGUCAGCAGCGUUCCACUUCUCCACACGAGCAGAAGAUGUUGAUGUGGAACUCUCUGCUCAGCCUGCCAUCUCCAAGAAUGCUGACCACAAUGCCAGCCGAGCGUCUCACGCGACACCUUUCUUCACCUUCUUCGCCAUAGUGUUCUACUUCGUAAGCAUCCUCAUUGACAACCUGUUAUGAUUUGUUAAGUAGGAUGCACUCAAUUGUCGUGACGCGUUGGUCACGCAAAACAUCUCAAAGACUUGAAUUCUGUAUCAGUGAUUUUAAAUAUAAUUAGGCGGGAAAAUUAGGCAUUUAAACAAUUAUUAUUAAUAAAAAAAAAAAAACGAGAGACAAAGACGAUAUUUUUUAUAUGCAAUGGCGCCUUUUUUAUUAGAAGGAGAGUGAAAGAAAAUGCGUGAGAUUACUUUUGACAGAAAAUAUGAGAAAAUCGAGAGGGAAGGAGCAAAUGAAUUUCCUCACAAAAAAGAGGAAUAACUUUUAUUUAGAUUUCAAUUACAAAAUUAAAAAAUAAUAAUUAAUUUAGAAAAAUAACCGCCAAAAGUUGUACAUUAUUAUUUUUACUUCUUGAAUUUUGCAUUUGAACUGCCAACAAACUAGAUCAGAUUGGCAGUUGUGCUGUCAAGUUUGACUUGACAGGACAACUAAGUUUGACAGAGAACAGGCGAUCUACUAGAAAUAGAUCAGAAAAUACGUAUUUUUGACAGCUCAAUAGAGCGUUUGAAACAGGAAUUUUCUAUAACGACAUGUAUUUUGAGAAUACAAGCAAAAACCACGGAAUAUCAAGAAUGCAGCCCAAUGAAAAGACACAAGAAAUAUACAGGAAUACAGGAUGCUUACGUCAAGAUAUGACGGAAGAUAAUACAGAUAAAAUUAAAUUAAUAUAAAAUAAAUGUUUACACUGGAUAUAAUCUACAGAGCGAUUAUACACUUACGGGUGUAAAGGUGAAAUCAUCCGCAAGUCAUGGCUGAUCCUUUGGCAAAGUAAAGGAGUUAAUUUGAAAGUCUGGCAUCUUUACACACACUCAAGGGUUAAUCUUCUUUGUCGAUACUAGCGACAAUUUUCAGUUCGUGCCACACUCGGCAGUCAGUUUGUUUAUUUUCUCAAAAGCCUGAAGUUUUACAUAGCAAUUUCAAAAAAUGGGUGAUUCGCCGAAGAAUUGAAUGAUUUUUAAUAGCUACAGAAAUCAUUCGCAGAAGAUCCGUAAUUUUGUGCGUUUUAAGCUGUUAAAUAAUUUGGCAAAUUUCAAUCGAUAUGAUCUGCGUUUUAACGCUGAAUUAGCGAUCAAUCGUAAAUUCUCUCGCUCUCACUUACACUCCCAUGGAUCAUCCGAAGGUCUGUAGUCGCUCUAACCUAAGAAAAAAAUACAUGUUCAUUUAACCGAAAACUUGAAUGUCAAACGUAAACUAUCACUUAUAAUACAAUAGACACUAGAAAAGCUACAUUUGUGUGAUUCAGCGUCCUUCUUCCUUAUCCAUUUGGCACCCUUUCCCAAUCUCUCCCCACUUUUGAGACAAAACCAACCAGUGAGAGAAUUCCAUACAAAUACCCAGAAAGCUGAUUCAGCAGUGUAGUUACUUCGGUGUAAUAAGGAGAGAAUCUUGAAAAAUUGUACUAAUCAAUGGUUAAAGCAAACUUGUUCUAAACUAAAAAAAAAAUACACGAUAUGUGUUGAUUAUCCAGAAAAAAUCCAGAAAAUAGAUGUAACCCUUCCCGAUUCAAAAAAAAAAUAAGAAAAAAAACCGUGACAAAUGAAACCAUAAACUAAAUGUACGUGAAACAUGAAACAUAAAAUAUCCAAUACAAAGAAGAAAUAGAACAGAAGAGCAGCAAAGCUUUGACCUAGAAGGACACCAAAGAGGAUGUGAGUUUGUUCGGGGGGAAUGAUGAACGUGAAAAAAAACCGUAUUAAAAAAUAUACUACCAAAUAUUAUCUGUGUAUCAAAGACGUAAAAAAACCAAGUAAAAAACAAUGCAGAAGAAUUUUAUUGUGUGACAAAAAGGCAACAGAGAAAUUGAUGAGAAUUUGACAUAAAACCGCAGUAAAGAUCUUCUACAUUCAUACAGAAAUAUAUUGAAAAAAAGAAAUAUUAAUAUAAUUAUCAAUCAUUAAAAGUAUAUGGAAAAAAAUUUAUCGGAUAUAAAGAAAAGAUAUUGAUAUUUACCGAGAAAAAGGAAAUUUAUCUGUAUAUAAAUGUACUGUAACGCUGUACCUCUAAAAGAUAUUGUAUUUAUGAUGUAUUGAAAUUAUUGAAUGAAUAAAAAUUGUCGCUCAA